AUGCUCUUGGGAUGGGUACGUAAGGAAUGAGUUAAAUUAAUUAGUAGACACAAUUACCCUCAAUCUGAACGCUAUUGAUGGGCAAUAUCGCCACAGAAGUGGCUACACAAUUUGCAAACUUCGAAGUGAUGGUAGUUUUCACUCACCUUCUUCCCACAGUUGCUUAUUAGCUCGAAUUAGUGUUCAUGUUGGAAUAAUCUACAGAAACAAGUUUGAUCAUAUAAACGUCCUGCGCGGUAUAUUCCAGUUGAGUAACAGGAUUUUAUCCAGCCACUUUUAAACCUGAAACACCCUGUACGUGUAAAGCAUGUUAAACAGAACCAAUCGUUUCACUCGGUAGAGUCCUUUAGUAGUAUAAUAGGGAUGUAGUUAUCCAGUCUUGUGGCUUUUAACGUAAAGGUUUGACUGACUGGUGAGCUAUUAGAGAGUUUAAGCCGCGACAUUUUUGAGCGACGCACGUCAACCGGAAGUGAGCUUUUUUCUAUUUUACUAUCCCUUGACAGUACCAAAUUUGUGUUACUAAGAGUCUUUACCCUUAUAAAGGCGAUUUGCCCAAAAAUUUGUUUAAAAUCACGGCUUAAAAGUGCAAAAAGUGUACUUCUUGUUGAAGUUAACCAUGAUUUCACGUACAAUAUCGGAAGGUAGCCGCCUCCUGUACAGUAUCAUUACUCGUAGCUUUCUUUUAAAUGAUUACAUGAAAUUCCAUAACCAGUCUCAUGAUUUUUUUUUAUCGUUUUUUUUGGGCAGGUAACAUCAGGUUUUGAAUUGUAUGCAGCUUUCAGUCCGCUUGUCACUAAACCAGAUGCCAUAAACGCCAUUAACAAGCUUUUGAGAUGGAUUAAGGUUUGUGUUGUUUUUCAUUUCGCCGAUUCUCUUCACCGUCAGUGCUUAACAAUUGUUUUUCUCCUUCUUUCUAUUCUUAGCGCGAAGAAGACAGAUUAUUCAUUUUAAGCUCUCAAGUCUUCUAA